AUGAACUGUAACAAAGAUAAUUAAUUAAAUAGUAUUUCUCGCUGCUCAUUCAAUUAUCAAGAUGCUUCUUAAACUCUUCAAAUUUUUGAGGUUCUUGCUUGUUUUAAUGGCUUCGUUAAAGAUGGGUAGUGUGUUAGUAACUGCGGUUAUGGAUAUUUUGAAGAAACGGAAAAUCUUGAUCAUUAAUUAGGUUCCUAUGAAAGAGGCAUAAAAAGCUUGCCAGAUGCUAUAUCAAGGGCAUAUGAAAUUGGAGGUAUAUAUACUUCAUCAAAGAUAAAAAUAAUUUUAAAGUCAAAACCAGACUUGAAUCAUGCUAUUCUAAGAUAGGUUUCUGAUUUUUACAUGCCCAGUCUUUAUGACCAGUAUUCAUAAUCAACAUAGAUAACUAUUGAUACAGAAGAUGGUUUACCUCAAUAAGUUUUUUAUAAAAUGAGAGACAAAUGGAGAUUUAAAGUGGGUGGUGGUCUUGAAUUACGAAAUUUGAUAUUUGAUGCAAUAGAUUCUUAGCUUACUCCUAAAGAAGAUAUCAACAAAUGUCUUUAAAAUGGAUUGAUAAAUUGUUGUGGGACAGAGGACUGCCUUGAGAAAAAAUAUUUCUUAAUAGAGAUUAAUGGUUCUAAUGGUCAUCUUAUACUUGAUUAAGUAACUUUUGAUAAUAUUAAUUCAUGUGGUUCGAUAAUUGGGAAUAAAAAGCCAAUCAUAAAUGUAUAAAGUAAUAAUAAUGAAACUCCUUUUGGCAUAGGGUCUCUUAAGAAAUAACUAGGUACAUUAUUUAUAAACUAGGAAACAUAAUAUAAAAACUAUGGGAGUAUAUUAAACUUGGAAAACUUUCAGGGCGAUGUUAUCAUUCAAGAUAGCUAAUUCCAAUAUAAUUAUGUUAAAUAUUAGAAUUGUGAUAUAGGCAAAGAGAUAUUCAAUAACAAUUUAAAUUAUCAAAAGGAUGAAUAUCAAAGUCUUGGUGAAAAGGAUAGAUUAAAAAUUCACUCUUUAAUUUCGGUAACUAAGCAUAGUCAUAAUGUAGAUCUUAUCAACAAUACUUUUAAUCAGAAUGGUGGCACUAAGGGCAUAAUAAUACUAGAUUUAAAAAAUACAAAAUUGCUCUAAGAUGAUUUAGAUGAGGAUUCAUUUUGCUCAGGUUUUCAUUUGAUUAAGAACACAUUUAAAUAAAAUAUGGGAUGCCCCCUCUACUCAGGAGCAUUAGUGAAUCUAAAGCUUAAUUCUUACCAUGAGAACUAUGUUUCUGGUGGCUCGGGAAUAAUUGAUAUAAGUGGAAGUUUUAGAACAAGAAUUUUAGAUGAAUAACUUUUAAAAAAUGGAGAAUCUUGUCAAGAAACUUUAAAUUAUGGAUAUUAUCAGCCCAUUGAUCUAAGAGUUUAAGCAGGUAUUUAACCUAUAUUUGCAUACACUGAUAAAGUAUAAGCCAAAUUGAUUAGCUAUUUUGAGAAUGGUUUAGAUAUUUAAGAUGUUGUUUACGCCUAAAUAGGAGAUGAUUUUUAAUAAUCUUUGCUUUUGGAUCUUAACGACAAUUAGGCAUUUUAGCUUCCUUAAAAUUUAAAAAUUAGUAAUAUAAGAAUCGAUAAUUUUGAAUGUAUUCUUUAGAGAAUAUGGGCAGGAUGGUCAACUUUUUAACAUUACAUUAAAUGA